AUGGCAUUGUAAUUCAAUUAAAGCUUAUAUAUAAAGGAUAAUGAGGUGGCGUUCGAGAAACUAUUUUUUGAUUAUGAACAGUAGAAUUAGAUUAGAGAUAAACUGACUGAAAAUGCAGCAGCUGAAUUUACAAUUAAAGAGUUCACAUCUUAGUAUGCCAGUUUGCUAUUGCAAUAUAACAGCUAGUAUCUUGAGCUGAGAAAUAACAAAGAAAAAUUAACUGAAACACUGACUCUUGUUGAAUCUCAAUAUUACAGAAGAGGAGAGGCUUUCCAUUAUAUUACCCCAGAAGCUACAGAGAGUACUCUAGUCACGACAUUAAAUCAAGCAUUAUCACUGGAAGGAGAGCCUUGUAUCAAACUGUAUAUUUACGUUGAUGAGCACUUCGCUUUCAAAACUAGAGCCCAUAACAAAGGAUCUAAUCCAGUUAUAAACCUAGAUAUUGACAUUGACCUUCAAAGAGAUCUUGAUCAUGAUGAUUUGAAUUCAACUGACAAAUCAGACUAUGAGAACGAUGAUGACAAGAUAUUUUAUACUAAGAUUGGCAAAACUGAGAUCCUAAUUGAUAAAGUUCUUUAGAAUCUGCUUGUCUAAGAUGAAUUGGAGGAUGAUAUUUUGCAGUCGGAUGGAGAGGAUGUAUUCUCAACUAAUUCUCUAGGCCGUUUAAGCUCAUUAAAUCCUGACUAUAGGAAUCUAAUUUAGACAAAGGGUAAAUUGAGUUUGACUUUCAGAGCUGAAUUAACGGAUGAAUGGUAUCCUAGAGUCUAAAAAGUCAAGCAGCAAUAUCUUAAGGAAACAUUUGAAUAGAUUCAGUAAUUAAGGUAGAUAGUGGAUCAAAAGAAAUCAAUAAUCCUCCAGGCAAUUGAGGUCCUAUUUUACAUGCAGUUUGAUGACGAUCAAGGUUUAGUUUUAGAUCAACUUUAGAUGAUGCUUGAGAGCUCUUUUGACAAUAUGAGUGCCUCAGCUAGCAAUAAUAUACUGAGUCAUCAUCCAAGCAUGAAUGCCUAUCAAUCUAAUUAGAGUCCAAAUUAUGAGUAAUAACAAGCAAAGCCUUAGCCUUAGCAGCAAUAAAUAGCUUCCCAAAAGUAAUCCAAUUAUCAUCAAUAGUCUCGAGAACCUGAUUUAAUGAGCUAACGCAGUUUCAAGUAAUCUGACUUUGCAAGAAAGUCAACAACUAGGGGUGAGGUAGAAGAGGCUCUGGCAUCUUAACGUUCUUCAAACAGAGAAAGCAGAGAUCAAAAGAAGCUCAUUAAACAAAAAAAUUAGCAAGAAAUUUUUUCACUUGAGCACCUAGAAGUCAAGCCUGAGAAACAGAGAAUGUGUGGCUGCGACUCGAUGUGCUGUAUAUUUUGA